UACAGGAGAUUCUGCUGGAACCGGGGACAGAGCUGUUCGAAAUACGUGACUGUCAUCUGAUCCAGACCGAACCAUAAAUGGGGGACGAAACCGGAACCAGAUCAGAACCAACAGGUUCUGGUUCCAAGGAAAUGCCAAGACCCGGUUCCCCAGGCCGCCGGUCCGGUCCAGAUCGGCCCGUCCGUCCGGGUUCUUCGCUCCGUCCGAAGGCACCAUGCUGCCGGCAGGAAGCUUCAGAGACCGGCUGGCCUUCAUCACCGGAGGCGGCACUGGCCUGGGCCGGGCCAUGACCGUGGUUCUGUCCCAGCUGGGAGCCCGCUGUGUCAUCGCCAGCAGAAAGCUGGAUGUCCUGCAGGAGACGGCCAGUGAGAUCAGCAACCAGACCGGGAACCAGGUCCACGCCCUCCAGUGUGACGUCAGAGACCCUCAGGCUGUGGCGCGCUGCGUGGACCAGAUGGUGGCGCUAAGCGGACUUCCUGAUGUGAUCAUCAACAACGCCGCAGGGAAUUUCAUCUGUCCGACGGAGCGACUGACGCCCAAUGGCUGGCGGAGCGUCACCGACAUCGUCCUGAACGGGACGGCGUUCGUCACGCUGGAGCUGGGCAAGAGGCUGAUCCAGGCCCAGAAAGGCGCCUCGUUCCUCGCCAUCACCACCAUCUACGCCGAGUCUGGUUCUGGUUUUGUGGUUCCGAGUGCGGCAGCCAAGGCCGGAGUCGAGGCGCUCUACAAGUCUCUGGCUGCAGAGUGGGGGCGCUACGGCCACAGGUUCAACAUCAUCCAGCCUGGACCAAUCAAGACCAAGGGAGCCUUCAGCCGUCUGGACCCGACUGGAACCUUUGAGAAGUCGAUGAUCGAUCGGAUUCCGACGGGUCGGCUCGGAAAACCAGCUGAGCUCGCCAACCUGGCGGCGUACCUGAGCAGCGAUUUCGCCAGCUGGAUGUCUGGAGCCGUGAUCCGUUUCGAUGGAGGGGAGUACGUAUCGAUGGCCGGAGAGUUUAACGAGCUGCGCAAGGUGACUCCGGAUCAGUGGAAGACGUUGGAAGCCAUGAUCAGAGGUACUAAAGGGUCGUAGGAAUGCUGACAGCUGAUUGGGCCACAGAGGCCCCGCCCCCUGCUGAUAUCUCUACAUCUGAUUGGUUAAUAAUUAUAACUAAUGUGGUGCAGUCAUGUGACUGUUUGCACACGCUCAGUGUGAACCUUAUUUGAUAAUAAAAGAUGAAAUGAGAGGC